UAGAGAGAGAGGUCGGGGGCACUUCUGCAAUUAAGCUGGUGCGCUCAGCGAUAGGAGGACACGCCGGGAAGGUCCACUUGACAUUCUGUCCCGGGCGCGUGCCCGGGACCACCGGCUCAGACCAGGCGCAGCUGCAUAGCCGAGCGGAAGCUGGUGGCACCGGGAGUGGCGUCCAGAGCUCGAGCUCCACAGGCGGGAAGCACCCAGGAUUGGGGAAGCCCCGGGAGCAGCGCGGCGGCGCCUCCCUUACCCAAGGACCCGCGACGACGGUCACGGGGCGCGGCGCCACCGUGCGCGAUCCGGGCCGGCAUUCCAAACAGGCGACCCAGGCUCCUCCUCGGCCCGGCCCGCCUCACCUGCGGGGCAGCGCCGCGCCGCCUCCGCGGCUGUAGACGGCACCUGCGCUGCGUCUCUCACCGGUCUCCGCCCGCCGCCCGCCAGGAGCCAGGCCCGGCGGCGCACCUGGACGCGGGGGCUGCGGGAGCCGAGGCUGAGAGGGCGCGGUGUCUUCCCGCCGCUCCGGGAGGACGCAGGUGAGGCGGGCGCGGCUUCGUGGAGCCGGGCGCCGGCCGCCGCGGCCGUCCCAGCCACAGGCGGGUCCCGGAGCCCCGGCCGUCUGCGCCCGCUCCCGGGGAGGAGCCGCCCGCGGUUGGGCACCAUGAACGGCAACGGCGCCAACAUCACCUACGCCAGUCGCAAGCGGCGGAAGCCCGUGCAGAAAACUAUCAAGUUAACCCCGGCUGAAGGAAUCAAGUCUAAUCCUUCCAAGCGUCAUAGAGACCGACUUAAUACGGAGUUGGACCGUUUGGCUAGCCUGCUGCCUUUUCCACAAGAUGUUAUUAAUAAGCUGGACAAACUUUCCGUGCUUAGGCUCAGUGUCAGUUACCUAAGAGCCAAGAGCUUCUUUGAUGUUGCAUUAAAAUCCUCCCCAGCUGACAGAAAUGAGGUCCAGGAUAACUGCGGAACAAAAUUCGGAGAAGGCCUGAACUUGCAAGAAGGAGAAUUCUUAUUACAGGCUCUGAACGGCUUUGUGUUGGUUGUCACUACAGAUGCUUUGGUCUUCUAUGCUUCUUCUACUAUACAAGAUUACCUGGGAUUUCAGCAGUCUGAUGUCAUACAUCAGAGUGUGUAUGAACUUAUCCAUACUGAAGACCGAGCUGAAUUUCAGCGUCAGCUACACUGGGCGUUAACCCCUUCACAGUGUACAGACUCUGGACAAAGUAUUGAUGAAACUAAUGGCCUCCCCCAGCCGUCAGUCUAUUAUAACCCAGACCAGCUUCCUCCCGAAAACUCUUCUUUUAUGGAGAGGUGCUUCAUAUGCCGACUAAGGUGUCUGCUGGAUAAUUCUUCUGGUUUUCUGGCAAUGAAUUUCCAAGGGAGGUUAAAGUAUCUUCAUGGCCAGAACAAGAAAGGGAAAGAUGGAUCAAUACUUCCCCCUCAGUUAGCUUUGUUUGCGAUUGCUACCCCACUUCAACCACCAUCCAUUCUUGAAAUCCGAACCAAAAAUUUCAUCUUUAGAACAAAACACAAACUAGACUUUACACCUACUGGUUGUGAUGCCAAGGGAAAAAUUGUUUUAGGCUAUACUGAAGCAGAGCUGUGUAUGAGAGGCUCAGGAUAUCAAUUUAUUCAUGCUGCUGAUAUGCUUUAUUGUGCGGAGUACCAUAUCCGGAUGAUUAAGACCGGAGAGAGUGGCAUGGUAGUGUUCAGGCUUCUUACCAAAGACAAUCGGUGGACCUGGGUCCAGUCUAAUGCACGCUUGGUUUAUAAAAAUGGAAGACCAGAUUAUAUCAUUGCAACCCAGAGACCUCUAACAGAUGAAGAAGGAGCAGAACAUUUACGAAAACGAAAUGUGAAGUUGCCUUUUAUGUUUACCAGUGGAGAAGCUGUGUUGUAUGAGAUAGCCAACCCCUUUCCUCCCAUGAUGGAUUCCUUACCAGUAAGGACUAAAAGUGGAAAAGACUGUGCUCCCAAAGCGGCUCUAACUAAGGAUUCUCUCCAUCCCAGUUCCCUCCUGAGUGCCAUAAUGACACAAGAUGAGUCUAUUUAUCUCUGUCCUGCUUCAAGUAGUAGUACACCUUUUGAAACACACUUUUUUGACGAAUCCAUGGACACGGGCAGUAGUUGGCAAGACAGUAUUGCACCAAUGGGAAGUGAUAUCCUGAAACAUGAGCCAAUUGGUCAGUCUCAGGAAAUGAACCCAACACCCUCUGAAGGCCAUGGAGGACUCUUCCCAGAUAAUAAAAAUAGUGACUUGUAUGGCAUUAUGAAACACCUAGGCAUUGAUUUUGAAGAUAUCAAACACAUGCAGCAGAAUGAGGAAUUUUUCAGAACUGACUUUUCUGGUGAGGAGGACUUCAGAGACAUUGACAUAACAGAUGAAAUCCUGACUUUCGUCCAGGAUUCCUUAAAUAAGUCUCCCUUCGUGUGUUCAGGUUACCAACAGCAACAAGCCCCAGCUCUGAACUCAAGCUGCAUGGUCCAGGAGCACCUACAGUUGGAACAGCAGCAGCUACCGCACCAUCAAAAGCACGUAGCAGUGGAGCAGCUGCAGCUGUGCCAGAAAAUGAAGCAUAUGCAAGUUAAUGGCAUGUUUGCAAAUUGGAACCCUAACCAAUCCGUGCCUUUUAGUUGUCCUCAGCAAGACCUACAACAGUAUAAUGUCUUUUCAGACUUACCUGGGACCAGUCAAGAGUUUCCCUACAAAUCUGAGAUUGAUACUGUGCCUUAUACACAGAACUUUAUUCCCUGUAAUCAGCCUGUGUUACCCCAGCAUUCCAAGGGUACACAGUUAGACUUUCCCAUAGGGAAUUUUGAACCAUCCUUAUACCCUACUACUACUUCUAAUUUAGAAGAUUUUGUCCCGUGUUUACAAGUUCCUGAAAGCCAAAAGCAUGUUCUAAAUCCACCGUCGACCCUUGUAACUCCGCAGACCUGUUAUGCUGGGGCCAUGUCCAUGUACCAGUGUCAGCCCGAACCCCAGCAAAGCCAUGUGCCUCCGAUGCAGUACAAUCCAACAGUCCCAGGCCCACAGGCAUUUUUAAACAAGUUCCAGGAUGGAGUUUUAAAUGAAAUCUGUCCAGCUGAUUUAAAUACUAUAAAUAACACUCAGACUGCCACACAGCUUCAGUCCCUUCAUCAUCCAUCAGAAGCCAGACCUUUCCCUGAUUUGACAUCCCGUGGAUUCCUGUAAUUCCAAGCCCAAUUUUUACCUUGGUUUUUGGUUUAAGUUAGUUUGGAAAAGAUUACAGAGUUACUAAAACUGUCAUGUUGUAUCUCAGCAAGUGUACAUGGAGAUAUUGAUGUAUGUUGUUCCCACUGUUAACACCAAACUACAUUUUUAUGUUUUUCAAAGAGAAGUUAAAAACAUAUCAAAAUUACAUACAUUACAGUUGUUAAAAGUUUAUUGCGACAGACUAGUGAGAUAUCCACAUCUCGCAUUCUGAGCAUCACAAAAUAUACAAAACUUAUUCGGGGAACUUUAUGACUCUCUUGAGAAAAUAAAAUUUUCUCUAUUGGAGUUAUUUCUGUCAUAAUAAAAUUGCUUUGAGGUUUCAACUUCAGAGUUCUUAGUCCUCCAAAUACAAAGUUACAAAACUAAACUAUUUCCUUAUAGUUUUAGCUUCUGCAUUUUAUCUCAGAUGUUAAAAUAACUGGUUUGGUGCUUUUAUAAAAAGAUAUUUCAACUGCUUUCCUCUUUCAUUGUUAAUGUAAGUGCCUCACGGUAUUUUCUACCUAUAGCAUUGUAGGACGUAUAUUUUAUACAAACUAUGCUUUUUCUUUUUUAAAUUAGUAACAUUCUACGUGCAGAUAUUAUUUGUAUUUUUUAAAUUCAAUCAUUUUUAUUAAUCCAGGUAUGUUUUAACUGCACUACUCACCCACUUCAGGUAAAGGACAAAUAAUAAUUGGAAAGAUAAUUAUUUAUUAUACAAUCUAGUUGCUUCUAGACUUUAAAAUUUGCUAUGUGCCUUACGUUGAAGAAAUUUAUUAAGAUAGCACUAAAAUUUUAAGUGUUUCCAGAAGAAACAGAUAGACCACCAUGUACCUUUAUGAAAAUCGCCACCAUGGUUUCUGAAUGUUGGUUGCAAUGUGAAAAAUCUGCUGUUAAAAGCAACCAUGUUUAUAACUUGCAACAAAGAGAAGAAUCUGUGUUCUUGGGUCGUUAGUUAAAUUAAUCAAAGCACCCAUUUCAGUAUAUAGAAAUUCUUUACAAAACUGUUUUAGACCUGUAAUCUUUUAAGAUAUAAUAUGUUGACUUUAUAAAUUUCACUUCUUAGACAGUGGAAACUAUUUGUUUUUCUCAUAUUUGAGGAAUGUUAAGAUAAUGUUUGGUGCAGAGUAUUGUUAUGAGUUAAAUGAUGCACUGUAUGCAUUACAACGAACAAACUUAUUUGUAAAGUAUUUUCAAUAUUUCAUUUAAAAAUAGUCCAUGUUAUAUAUGCAUAUUAUUUGUUUUACAUACUUUAUCAGUCUUUUUAAGAAAUCAAAUAAUGAAUGCAACUGCUUUUAAGUUGGGGUUAAGGAAAAGACAACCAUGCAAUUCUAUUAAUUUCAAACAUUAGGUUUUUUCUCUGAUAGACUGACCUUUGUUAUCAGUAAGGCAAAUUAAUUACCCUACUAACUACUGUCCUCAGGUGUUUAAAAGAAUGCCACCAUCUGUCAUUCUUUUAGUCAACUGUGACAUCUGAAGGGUAUAAGACACAUUUUGCAUGUAUUAUAAACAUUAUGGAAUCCCAAACUGAGAUGUAGUAUUAAAAUACAUUUUCCUGUCUUUUUUUAAUGUACAUAAAAGUGGCUUCAGAUGGUGAUAUGUAUGUCAGUUCUAUAUAUUUUCAGUAAAAAAUUUGACUCUGUAGAAUCAAUUUAAGUGUUGAAAACAACAAAUUUGUCUAAAACAUUUCAUAAUUUGUUCCAAGCAUGAGAAGGUAUCACUAAAAAUGUAGACCAGUGGUUUAGAUUAACAGUCCAUUUUUACAUUUAAAUCUUUCAUUAGAAAUCUUCAUAUAAACCAUUUUGUUAGGGUCUCUCACAUGUUCUUGGAUGAAUUGUUUAGUGGAAAAUAGGCUUUUUAAAUUGUGAAUAUGAUGACAAUCAAUUAUACACUUAUAAAAUUUAAAAAUUUUAAAGCAAUAUUGUAUAUUUUUAUCUAUAUAAAAUAACUAAAGUUUAUCUAAGAAUAAUAAAAUCACAUUAAACCAAAUACAUGUUUGUCUGUAUUGCUAAGUGCCAAAGAAAGCUUUGUGUACUGCUAUGUGGAGGGAUUUAUUUUUAGAUGAUGUGUACUUCUAAGGAUCUAGCUAUGUUUGACCUUUUCCUAUGCCAGGUUUCUCAUACAGUACCUGAUGAUUUACCCGUGUUCUGAUGGAUUGUGAGGCUUUUAAUGGUUACUAUGCACAAACAGUGUUUUUCAGUAUUACCGUGUUUCCCCGAAAAUAAGACCUAGCUGGAUAAUCAGCUCUAAUGUGUCUUUUGGAGCAAAAAUUAA